AGUGGACGAGGCCGGCGAAAGCGGGCGGCGCGGCGGGCGGCCGGCUCCAGAGCUGCCUGGGGGCCGCCGGCGCGGCUCAGGCGCGGGCUCGGCUGGCCCGGCGCGGCCUCGGGUGCCCAUGGGGCGCGGGGGGCCGGGCCGGUGACGCCGGAUGCCCAUGGACGCCCCUGAGGACCCGCUGCCUCCGGUGAUCUACACCAUGGAGAACAAGCCCAUCGUCACCUGUGCUGGAGAUCACAAUUUAUUUACCUCUGUUUAUCCAACACUCUCCCAGCAGCUUCCAAGAGAACCGAUGGAAUGGAGAAGGUCCUAUGGCCGGGCUCCAAAGAUGAUUCACCUAGAAUCGAACUUUGUUCAAUUCAAAGAGGAGCUGCUGCCCAAGGAGGGAAACAAAGCUCUGCUGACGUUCCCCUUCCUGCACAUCUACUGGACGGAGUGCUGCGAUACCGAAGUAUACAAAGCUACAGUAAAAGAUGACCUUACCAAGUGGCAAAAUGUUCUGAAAGCUCACAGCUCUGUGGACUGGUUAAUAGUGGUAGUUGAAAAUGAUGCCAAGAAAAAAAACAAAACCAACAUCCUUCCCCGAACUUCUAUUGUGGACAAAAUAAGAAAUGACUUCUGCAACAAACAGAGUGACAGGUGUGUUGUGCUCUCUGACCCCUUGAAGGACUCUUCUCGAACUCAGGAAUCCUGGAAUGCCUUCCUGACCAAACUCAGGACUCUGCUGCUUAUGUCUUUCACCAAAAACCUUGGCAAGUUUGAGGAUGAGAUGCGGACCUUGAGGGAGAAGAGGACGGAGCCAGGUUGGAGUUUCUGCGAAUACUUCAUGGUUCAGGAGGAGCUCGCCUUUGUCUUUGAGAUGCUGCAGCAGUUUGAAGAUGCCUUGGUGCAGUAUGAUGAACUGGACGCCCUGUUCUCGCAGUAUGUCGUCAAUUUUGGGGCUGGGGAUGGUGCCAACUGGCUGACUUUUUUCUGCCAGCCGGUGAAGAGCUGGAAUGGACUGGUCCUCCGCAAGCCCAUAGAUAUGGAGAAGCGGGAACUGAUCCAGAAGCAGGAAGCCACUCUGUUGGACCUGCGCAGCUACCUGUUCUCGCGCCAGUGUACCCUGCUUCUCUUCCUGCAGCGGCCAUGGGAAGUGGCUCAGCGUGCCCUGGAACUGCUGCACAGCUGUGUGCAGGAGCUAAAGCUGCUAGAAGUUUCUGUCCCACCUGGAGCUCUGGACUGCUGGGUGUUUCUGAGCUGUUUGGAGGUGUUGCAGAGGAUAGAAGGAUGCUGUGACCGGGCACAGAUGGAUUCCAACAUUGCCCACAUGGUGGGACUGUGGAGCUAUGCCACAGAAAAGCUAAAGUCCUUGGGCUACCUGUGUGGACUUGUGUCAGAAAAAGGACCCAACUCAGAAGAUCUCAAUAGGACAGUUGAUCUUUUGGCAGGUUUGGGAGCUGAGCGACCUGAAACAGCCAACACUGCUCAGAGUCCUUAUAAGAAACUCAAGGAAGCGUUGUCAUCAGUGGAAGCUUUUGAAAAGCACUACUUGGAUUUGUCCCAUGCCACCAUUGAAAUGUAUACAAGUAUCGGGAGGAUUCGGUCUGCCAAGUUCGUUGGGAAAGAUCUGGCAGAAUUUUACAUGAGGAAGAAGUCUCCACAAAAGGCAGAGAUGUAUCUUCAGGGAGCUUUGAAAAAUUACCUGGCUGAGGGUUGGGCCUUGCCUGUGACACACACAAGGAAGCAGUUAGCUGAAUGCCAAAAACACCUAGGGCAAAUUGAAAACUAUCUACAGACCAGCAGCCUUCUGGCCAGCGAUCAUCACCUGACUGAAGAGGAGCGGAAGUAUUUCUGCCAGGAGAUUCUCAGCUUUGCCAACCAGCAGGAGGACAACCCAGGUCAUAAGGUGGUGCUGCCCAUGCACUCCUUCGCACAACUGAGAGAUCUCCAUUUUGACCCUUCCAACGCUGUGAUCCAUGCGGGUGGCAUUUUGUCUGUGGAUAUAACCAUGUAUAGCCAGAUGCCUGUCCCUGUCCACGUGGACCAGAUUGCUGUCAAUGUCCACUUCAGCAUUGAGAGAGACAGCUACCGGAAGACGGCUGAGUGGCUAACCAAGCACAAGAUGUCCAACGGGAUUAUUAGUUUUCCAAGCGAGACCUCACUGUUUCCUGCAUCCCAAAGCAGCUUACCUGCACUGGAGUUGUCUGAGAUGUUUGAGAGAAGCCCGUCUGACAAUUCCUUGAACACAACAGGGAUUAUUUGCAGAAAUGUCCACAUGCUGCUAAGGAGGCAGGAGAGUGGCUCUUCUCUAGAGACACCCUCAGGGGUAACCCUGGAGGAUGGCGCCCAUGUGCUGAGGUGCAGCAGUGUCACUCUGGAACCAGGGGCCAAUAAGGUGGCAUUCAGGACUCAGGCCAAGGAGCCUGGAACAUACACACUCCGGCAGCUAUGUGCCUCAGUGGGCCCUGUGUGGUUUGUCCUUCCGCACAUCUAUCCCGUCGUGCAGUAUGACGUGUACUCUCAGGAGCCCCAGCUGCAUGUGGAACCACUAACCGAUAGCCUUUUGGCUGGCAUUCCUCAAAAAGUCAAGUUCACUGUCACCACUGGCCAUUAUACAGUAAAAAAUGGGGACAGCCUCCAGCUCAGCAAUGUGGAAGGCAUGCUCAUCCUAUGGCAAGCAGAAAACAGAGCCAUGAUCUAUUCUAACUCGAGAGAGGAGUCCUCCUCCGCAUUGCUCCGGAUCCAGUCAUCUGACAAGGUCACAAGCAUUGGUCUGCCUGCUGCGCCUGCAUACCACGUGAUUGAAUUUGAGCUGGAAGUUCUAUCUUCCCCUUCAGCUCCAGCAUCUAGGGUGGAGAGUGGGACGCUGGGGAUGACAGAGCUCUGCAGAAAGCAGGACAGAGAGAAGGCUGGUUCCGGCAUGGUCACCGCAGACCACAAGGUGUCGAUUGAUUGUCCAUGGUCGAUCUACUCCACGGUCAUUGCACUGACAUUCAGUGUGCCCUUCAGGACCACGCAUUCACUGCUUUCUGCUGGAACCCGGAAAUAUGUGCAAGUGUGUGUCCAGAACUUGUCAGAACUUGACUUUGAGCUGUCAGAUAGUAAUCUCGAGGACACUGGCCACUCUGCUGACCUGCAGCUGACACCACUGAGCACGCAGUCCCAGCAGCAUAUCCACAGCAAGCAGUCGGUGUUCUUUGUCUGGGAGCUGACAUGGACACGGGAGCCUCCCCCUCCUCUACAUUGCCAGUUUUCUGUUGGAUUUUCCCCAGCUGCUGAAGAACAGCUGUCCAUCUCUUUAAAGCCCUACACUUACGAAUUUCAAGUGGAAAAUUUUUUUACACUGUACAGCGUGAAAGCUGAGAUAGUGCCCCCUCCUGGAGCGGAAUACUGUAGGACAGGCUCGCUCUGUUCCUUGGAGGUGUCCAUCAUGCGACUCGCUGACCUCUUGGAGGUGGAUAAGGAUGAAGCUCUCAUGGAGUUGGACGAGUACUUUUCCACAAAGCUCAUGUAUGAAGUUGUCGACAACAGCAGCAACUGGGCAGUGUGCGGAAAAAGCUGUGGCGUCAUCUCCAUGCCCCUGGCUGCUCGGGCCACUCACAGAGUCCACAUGGAAGCGAUGCCUCUCUUUGCGGGUUACCUGCCCCUGCCCGACGUCCGGCUGUUCAAGUACCUCCCCCAUCAUUCUGCUCACUCCUCCCAACUGGAUGCUGACAGCUGGAUAGAAAAUGACAGCCUGUCGGUGGACAAGCAUUUGGAUGACCAGCUGGACUGCGGCAGCAUGCGGAGCAGAGGCAGUGUGCACUCGUCCUCCAGUGGUGAGCCCAAAGGCUUGCCCAUGCCCCGGCUCCAGGCGCUGCCCGCUGGCCAGGUCUUCAACUCCAGCACUGGAACGCAGGUCCUGGUCAUUCCCAGUCAAGACGACCACGUCCUGGAGGUCAGCGUCACAUGACAACACCAGGUGUCAGCCAGUGCCCAAGAGUGGCUUUAUGUGCACUUUGGGGAUUGCAGCUGGAUUGCUCUCUGUUGUAAUAUGCUAGCUCUAGCCAUACUUUGGCGAUGCUGCCUGGCCAUGGAGGCAUCAGAGGACCGUGUCGCUCAGCUGAUCAGCAGAGUACAACAUCCUUUCAUGUUGUCUGUGACAGAAGACUCAUUGUUACUUUCUCAUCCCUGUCCCUUUGCUGGUGUCCAGCAGAGUUUCUCAGAGCCCCAGCUUCCUUCACUCACUCACUCACUUGCUUGCUGCUCCUUAAAGACUGCCAUCCUUGAUCUCUUCAUGGCACAGCCUCCCUUCUGUGUCUGCUGGCUCUGUGCAGGUUCAGUUGUCUUCAGGUGGAUACUCUGCAGGUUUGCAGUCUUAUGACACUCUGUGCACCUUUGGUCACAUAGCUGCCCAAUUCCUCUACUGGGAGGACUUUGAGGGUCUCCUUCAGUUAACCUCGCUGUGCUUUUCUACAGUAACACCUUUUGGGGCAGGUGGGUGGGGAUGUGGGGUGGGGUUGGGAAGAAACCUAACUCCUUCUGUGCCUUGGGAUGCCAGACCUGGGUGGAUGGUGAUGUCCACUGCUGGAGCCACGCUAAAGGUAGUUCAGAAAGACGAUCAGGCAUAAGGCACAGCGCAGUGAUGGAAAUGGUUUAGGAAUACAUGUUUCUGCAUCCCUGCUCCCUAAUGUUGAAUGAAUAUCAUAUGCACUUGGAAUUAAAAAUCUAUUUAUUUUAAUUGUCACAUACAUGGGUUAAUGUUUGCUUUUCUCUCACUUUUAAAGUCUGUACAUGUAGCUAUAUAAUUUUUGCACCUUAAGUCUUAGAAGUUAAGACACUCCAUCUAAAGUGAAGACUAGAAGGGUCCCAAUGGUAUGUUCUAGUCUGGAACUGGGAAGAACUCAGGGCCUGGAGUAACCUCUGCUGGUCCACUUGGUUGCAGUCAUACCGUACCAACGGAUUAACUUACUUUUGGUUGUAAAUUUAAUUGUACAUAUGGUUGAUUUAUUAUUUUUGAAAGUACAGGCUAACCAAUGUAAUGUUUAUGUAUAAGUUGUACCAAAAAUCAAGAACAAAAUAAAUGUGUGUUUGUUUUUACUGGUGUGAAAAUCACAGCUUGUAAAUACAUGUUGUAUGUAUUAAACCUUUUCAGCUCUCCAAAGUGAUGUAUUUUUGUACAUAUGAAAUAGAGUGGUCUGAAUUCACAGAUAUGGUGUGCUUGGAAUGGAACUUGACGAGGUUCGUGUAAGCAGAUGUUGGGUCCAGCGGAGGGCAGGGCCUCUAUGAGGAACCAAAGGCGCCUUCUUCAGCUGCUGACCCUGCCGAGCACCAUGCUCCCAAGCCUGGGUCCUGGGAGUCAGGAGCACAGACAGAAGCCAGGACAGCCAGGAAGUCAUUUCAGUGUUCUGUAUGUUGACUUUUCACUCAUUCAGCAAAUAAAGGUGGUGUGGUUUUUUUCUCCUCAUGUCUUCUUCAUUUGUAGAAAUUGGAGAAGUGAGUAAAGAUAAAUAUGUAUUUACUUUUAAAGAAUUUACUUCCU